AAAAAAAGCGGGCCAGCCUGACUGUUUUCUGGCCCCGCGUUUACACUUAGUGCUGAGCUCUGUCCACCCAUUUGCAAGUAAGGAACUCUUCAGGAAAUUUUGUUUAAUUUUGUUUAAUUAGUUGGCCCGCGGCCAAGGCACACGUGUGCACGUCCGUCUGCCCUCUUUCCAGCCUGUGGGUCCUGAGGCUCGAACCGGGCUCGUCAGACUUGGCAGCAAGCACCUCUACCUACAGAGCCGUCUCGCUUGCCCUCGCAGAGCAACAGUGACAGCCAGCUCGGCUGGACUGAAAAUGCGCGGCGCGGGCACUCGGGAGUGGGAUCCCAGCUCUCGGCCUGCUGAGGCAGGAGAGUGGACAGCUUGGGCUAAGUCUACGGUGCCCAGUAGUUUGUCCUUUGUGCCCCGCUCUUUACCCCACGCCCCUGGAGUUCGCGGCAAUCCUCCUGACUCCGCAUCCCAGUGUGGGACCCCAGCUGCGGGCACCAGCGCCCCCCAGCCUUGGUCUGAGGCUCCGGGCUCUGCCGGUCCACCCAGGGCGUCGCCAGGGCGUGGCCGAUGGGCGUGGCCGCGCGUGCGCAGAGGCCGCCGCGCGAAUUUGAACGGCGGAGCGGUGCCAUGGCGGAUUCCGCGCGCUGGGCCCGGCAGCUGCAGGCGGCGCUGCGCGAGUGGGAGCCUCGGGCUGUGGAGGAGCUGCUGCGCCGGGGCGCGGACCCCAGCCUGGUGCAGGAGGGCGGCGCGGCGGCGGUGCACCUGGCGGCCCGAGCGCGCCACCCGCGCGCCCUGCUCUGCCUCCGGAUCCUGCUGCGCCGGGGCGCGGACCCCAACGCCCGGUCCGCCGAGGCGCUGACGCCGGUGCACGUGGCCGCAGCGUGGGGCUGUCGUGGCGCCCUGGAGCUGCUGCUGAGCCGCGGGGGCGACCCCACGCUGAGAGACCAGGACGGGCUCCGGCCCCUGGACUGGGCGCUUCGGCAGCGACACCACAGCUGCGCACGCGUGCUGCGGGAGCUGGACAGGCCCGCUCGAACCCCGGAACCCGCCGAGAAGUUUCCGGUAGCCCCGGCUGACCUUGAACUCGCUAUGUGCGGAGGGCGUGUCUCUGCGGGGUCUCCCGCUGUCUCUGCACCUCCUCGUGUGUCCCUGGCCUCGGAGCAGCGCACGUGCAGAGCCGAGCGGCCAGCUGCGCAGGAGGUGACAGUAGAACCCCCAGAGCCCCGGAGCUCAGAGACCACCAGGAGCCCGGACUGCAGCAGCGACACCUUUGUCACUGCCUUGGAGGAUUCUCCACAGCCCCGGCACCCAGCGGGGACACCGGGGCCCGCAACGGGGACACCGGGGCCUGCAGCGGGGAGACCAGGGCACCCAGCGGGGUCGCCGAGGCCCGCAACGGGGACGCCGGGGCAUCCAGCAGGGACACCGGGACACCCAGCGGGGACGCCGGGGCACCCAGCGGGGACGCCGGGGCACCCAGCGGGGACGCCGGGGCACCCAGCGGGGACGCCGGGGCACCCAGCGGGGAGACCGGGGCACCCAGCGGGGAGACCGGGGCACCCAGCGGGGACGCCGGGGCCCGCAGCUGCCCCGCGGCCGCCCCGUGGGGCCAUGGCGGCUGGGGACGAGGCACUGAGCUGCCAGCUGCAGGCCCUGACGUUGACCGCAGAGGCCCCCAUCGUCGCCUCCCUGCCGGGUGACGGCGACCCAGGGGCCUCGCACCCACAGGGCCCAGUGCCCCCCAUGUCCGACCUACAGUUGCUCCAGGCCCUCCGGGCCCUGGGCCACAGUCCUGGCCCGGUCACGCCUUUCACCCGUGGACACUACCUGCGGCGGCUGCAGGAAGCCCAGGCUAGCCUGGGGCACAGCCCAGAGCUGGCUGAGGCGCUCAGGACAGGCCACAUCCCCGACUGCCAGGCGCAUGAGGCUGCCCUGACGCAGCACUUCCAGCGGCUGGAUCCCGCCAAGAGGUGGAGGGGAGGUGUUACAAAAUCCAGCUUUACAUACCUCCUCCUCGACCCCAGGCAGACGCGGGGCCUGCCUGCCCGAGCCUCCUCCCUCACCCUGGCCGAGUGUCUGCAAUGCUUUGUGGGAGCCAUCUUCUACGUGGGCAAGGGGACCCGUGCCCGGCCGGAUGCCCACCUCUGGGAAGCCCUUGGCUACCGUGAGCGGCCAGGCAAGAAGGUGGGGACAAAGGGCGGGGCUGGGCAGCUGUGCCUCCGGAAGCCAGGGCAGAGGGCUUCGGGUCCAGCCUCUGCCUCCACGCCCCAGGCUUGUCCCAAGGUACGCCGGAUCCUGGACAUCUGGGCCAGCGGCCGCGGGGUCAUCUCCCUACACUGCUUCCAGCACGCCGUGGCUGUGGAGGCGUUCACGCGGGAGGCCUGUCUGUUGGAUGCCCUAGGGAUCCAGACACUGACCAACCAGAAACAGGGGCACUACUACGGAGAGGCUGCCUGCUGGCCGCCCACACAGCGCCGGCGUUUGGGGGUGUACCUGCUGCAUCGGGCUCUGCUCGUCUUCCUGGCUGAGGGGGAGCGAGAGCUGAGACCUCAGGACAUCCAGGCCCGAGGCUGAGCGCCGACGGUGUGACUGAGCAUCCCGGGGACAGGUCCCUGGCUGUGGGGUCUGUGUGUGUGUGUGUGUGUGUGUGGUGUCCCCUGCCCCUCUGCAUCCCUGUGUGUGCUGUGUGUGUGUGCUGUGUGUGUGUGCUGUGUGUCUGUGUCUACCCCUUUGGUCUGCAAGCGUCCUGGUGGCAGCAUGAAGAUGUGGCCUGUCCACCCGGUUCUCGCCCUUCUCCAUUACCAAGUAGCUGCUCUCCUCUGUGGGCUCCAGGAAAGCCUGCAGCAGGACCUGUGGGUGUACCAGGAAGUCCCUCCUGCUGUCUACUCUUCAGCCCCACCCAGGAGGAGCCCCAGAAUGGCUGCUGGAACCUCACCAGGGUCCUUGGCGGCCUCCUUGGACACGCCCUCAGGAUGCCGGGGAAACUCUGCUCUCCUCCCCCAGAAGGCUGACACCUGGGCCACAUCAGCUGGAGACCCCCCUGAGGAAGAACAUUUCAUCUCCAGAGCACCCAGAUGACAGCAGUGCCCCUGCAAAAGCCACGCCUGGAAGAACAUUCACUGUAGAUGGUGCCCACCCAGCCUACCAUGAGCCACACCCACUUAACGCAAGCCACAUGAGAGCUUGGUGCCAGAAAUCAUACUCACCUGGAAGCUGUUAGCCUGGGGCGCCCUGCUCACUUGGGUUCACACAUUGAGGGCCACGCCCCCAGAACCCACGCCCCCGGGCCCUCCAUGCUCCUGGCUGCUGUUUCAACAGGGCAGCUUCAGAAUGACAACCCUUCUGCUUCACUCACGUGCUAGCUGAGGUUUGCUUGUGGGUUCCCAGCUCAGAAAAAAUUGUUUUUUGAUUUUUUUUUUUUUUUUUGCUCACUUUGAGACAGGGUUUCUCUGUGUAGCCUUGGCUGUCCUGGAAUUCACUCUGUAGACCAGGAACUCAGUUCCGCCUGCUCCUGCCUCCCAAGUGCUGUGAUUAAAGGGGUGCACCAUCAUGCGUGGCUCUGUCUCAAAUUCUUGAUGUCACUGGAGCCAGCAAAGGAGAAUCAGUCAUCAGGUGUCUGAGUGCUGGCCUAGCAGGCAGCAGGCUUUGGGGGUGCAGCGGGUUGGGGGUAGUAGAGGGAAAGGAAAAUGGGUAUCGUGAUAUGUGCGUGCCCUUGCCAGCUGGAGUUGCUCAGUAGAACUCAGUCUCAAUACAACAGAACACUGGGCUUGUGGUUCGGUGUCCUUAGAAAGGGGCUAGCCAGCCCUGCUGUCAGCUUCCUUAGACAGGUUUCGGGCUGAGUGGUGGUGGCGCACGCCUUUAAUCCCAGCACUCUGGAGGCAGAGGCGGGCGGAUCUCUGUUUGAGGCCAGCCUGGUCUACAGAGUGAGUUCCAGGACAGCUUCCAAAACAAUACAGAGAAACCCUGUCUCAGAAAAAAAAAAAAAGACUUUGGGUAGCUUGCACUGGUGGAACAGGCCUGUGACCCUGGCAGGAAGGUCAUGAAAACAAAAAGUCCCCAACUAGGGCUGGAGAGGUGGCUCAGCGGUUAAGAGCACUGACUGUUCUUCCAGAGGUCCUGAGUUCAAUUCCCGGCAACCACAUGGUGGCUCACAACCACCUUGAAUGAAAUCUGGUGCCCUGCGCUGGCACGCAGGCAGAAGGCUGUAUACACAAUAAAUAAAUAAAUUAUGGGGAAAAAAGUCCCCAACUGAGGUGACAGGAAGCUACAAGCAGUUUCCACAAGUAGGGAACUUUAAGAAACUGGGAACUGGGUGGCCUCCGGGCCUGCCUAUUGGCCUGCCUAUCGUAAAUCCCACUGACCACAGAUUAUGUGAUCAGAAGCUGGGACCCACGAGCAGCUGCAACAUCUUCAGCUACUCCCUUGCCUCGAGAAGACUGGGCAUCAGAUGGUCUCUUGCCCCACCGUCGUAAAACUAGCCCCUAGCCCACAAUGACAGGAUGGAACCCCCAGACACCAAUGUGCCAGUUAGUUCUACCUAACCAGUGACAGCUACCGCCUUCCUCACGAUAACCCUGUGUGGAAACCCUGUGUGCUGAGGAAUCUCUGUAACCAUGGGAACCUUGCAGACUGAGACUUGCGGUCUCGGGACUCCCCUUCCCUUUCUCUCUUUAAAAGUGCCUUGCAUUUGCGGUUGGGGCUUCAACUCUACCGACAGGGCUGAGCCCCAGCCAGCUGACUUUUCCUUCAAAAUAAAAACC